AUUAUAUAAAGCAGACUAGCUCCUGGACAGUUGUACAUUUGAUCAUUGUGCGACUUUAGAUACCAUUCAAGUUUCGUUCGAACAUUUGAUUACAGAGACAAUAACAUAUCAUCCUGAUCAGACAAAUGGGAAUCUAAACAAAUGAGAUGGAACCAUCGAAGAUCUGUGAUGUCACUAGAGGGCAUGAACACUACCUUUGUCAUAUAUUAUUACUGGAACAAGCUUCGCCCAUCGCCUUGAAGGCCAUAAUUAAAGGGAAAGAGAAAAAAUGUGGAAAAAAUAUUCGUAUUUUGCUAAAUGAGAAUAGAGAUGCGUUCAAAACCAAGUACGAAACAGAGUUUCUUCAAUUAAUUCAAGAAGAUGGUGUCAAUGACGACAUUGAUACGUGGGACACACUUCAAUUAUGUGCUGUGACAUUAGUUUUGUUUAAAUCUGAUCUAACUGAACCAGAAGUAAAAGCUAUUCAAUGUAUAUAUGAUCAGAGGAAAGAUAUUGAGCAAUACACCGAACGUGCCUCCCUAACAUUCAAUACCUACAACGAGAAACAACAUUUAUUACACGAUCAAUUACUCGAGUUGAUUAGGUUCAUAGACGACCAAGCUAAUCUUGAUUGUAAACGUAUGAUGUUUUCAUUUGAAUCAAAAUCAAUGAAAUUAAGCGACACACAGAUAGACCAACUAACACAGACAAAUGAUAUCAAAACUCAUCUUAAAAUUGCAAUUGAUCUAGAUAUCGUAACAGAGAAUCAUAUCAUUGGCGAAGAGAACCACCAAAAGCUCCAGUCCAAUGGCCAAAUGUUCACUGAAGAACUUCAGAACAAAAGUGUCUACAUCAAUGAGUCAGCUAUUUUGACAUGUAAACUCAACCUUCCAACAGAUGAAAAUGUUGAGUGGAGGAAAGAUUACAAGCGGGUUGAAAUUUCAAACAAUUUAAUGGUCAUGAGCAAGAAUGGCAGUCAUUGGUUAGCGAUUUCCUGUGCAUCGUUGGAAGAUACGGGUCAAUAUACGUGUGUAUGUGGCCAUAUUUCAACUACAGCUGAUCUUACUGUUAUAGAUGCAGUAUUAAAUGUGGUCGUUCAUUUCCCAGUCAAGAUUGAGGUUAUUGAAAAUGGAAACAUUGAUAUAGAGUGUAAGGUGAACCUACUAACGACUAAACCCGUUUGGCGACACAAUGGGACACUUCUACAAUCAUCUGGUAGAAAGGUUAUACUAACAAAGGGUACUACACACAAAUUGAUGAUCACGAAUGUAACUUUACAUGACGAGGGUGAAUAUACAGUUGCCUUUGGGAAUGCCUCAUCUAAAACAACAUUAAAUAUACAACGAAUUAUAUUUGAAUGUUAUCUUCGUUUUUGUUUGUGCAAGGCUGGUAAAUUUAAUGAAGCAAACAAUGCUAUUUAUCUAAUACCAAUUUGCAAGAUGCCAAAAACAAGAUUGGUGCAAUUUAUUAUAGGAGAAACAGAGCUUAUUCACAGAAAACAGAUGACACAAGAACUGUACAGAAAUUGGAUAAGAGGCGCUCUAGCGUUAAAAUAUUUGAAAAUAGGUUUAGAAGGUUUUUCUGACAAGGCUGUUACCAAACAACAUGAGGAUCUAAUGAAAACACUUGGAAACGCAUGUAAAACUUGUACAGCGGAAAGUCUUCUCCCACAUAAACAAGAUCAAUGCCCACGACAAAGAAAAUAUCAAUGUUUAUGUGCCAAGAGUCAGAAAAACAAGUCAAGACAAAUGUGCCCAAAUGGGGGAUUUUGUGGCAACGUUUAUAAUCGAAUAGUUUGUAAUCAUCGCUUUCAAGAUCCAUUAUUCACAAACACGGAUGUCCAGAAAUGGAGCAGCGAUCCGUGGAGUGUUGCUACAUGCUUUAUAAAUACUACUGGCUACAAAGGCAAACAAUCAGCUAAAGAGGUCGACUGCUCUGGUUUACUUAGUAUGUGUAUAAACAACAUUAAUAUAGAAAUAAUGCUUGGAGAAGUUAUCAUCGAUGGGAAAGUAGAUGCGUUUUCACAGGCACGGGAAGCGCGGAAUGACAUUCUUCACAGUCCAAAUUAUGAACUUUCUGAAAAUCAACUAAACAAAAUUAUCAAAAUGUUCAAAGAAGUACUAAAAAUCAAGGACAAACAUGGCAAUGCACCCCUGAAAGGUGAACCAGGCGUUGCAAAUGCAUUACAUUUACUAGAUAUGGUGCAACAGAAUCAGAUUGAGAUAAAUCUUGAACAUGAGAUGAUAGAACUGAGAGAGCAUGGGAUGUCUAGAUUAGAAGAGAAAUACAAAACAGCACAAAAACAGGCAAGUUGUUUAGCUAAUGCAUUUGAGUAUUGUUAUAACAUGCUUUUACCACCGAUAAAGUAA